UCUUCCUCUGAAAGCAGCCACAAGUGAGUCUGCCGGAUAUCUGAAGUGAUGGGGAGGCGAAAGGACGCGAUUCUUUUAGGGGUCCCCGCCGGGAGAGGUACAGUCGAGUGGGUCAGACCGAGCACGGAUUCCUGAGCCAAGGAAUUCCGUAAAUUCCCUAGGUAAACACUCACAGGUCCCGGAGCCCUAGAAUCACACUGACCCUGAUACCUACUAAUUUUUUGGCUUAUGAAGAAUGUGCCUAGCUCCCCUGUAUCCACCUCUGUAACAGUGAAACCUUCCUGACUCUGUAGAAACCUGGAAGACAGAGGGCAUCUGUCUCCUUCCCGUCUCCCCACGUGUGACCUCUGUUUCCUGGUCUCUGCGGAUUCCCGUGCUGCCCUGGGUCUCUUAAAGCAGGAAUCUUUUCUGGGCAAGGACGUGGCCCUUGCAGGACUUCCAGGCUUUUGACGCUGCGGGGCCCACCGCUCCGGGAACCGCAGCGGACGGCAUUUUUAGAGUGGGUUUUCUGUUCGCCUCGGGGCGCUUGUACUAUCUCUGCGGCCUCCUGUCUCUGUUAUCAGUGACUACCUCCGUGACCCUACGUGCGCAGAGUUCUCCGUCCCGGCAUCCAUUCCACUACUAUAUCCCGAUUUUCCGUGCUUCUGUGUUCGGGUCUCUGCACACCCGCAGAGGCCGUAGCCAUGCUCUCCGGUACGGAAGCUGCGGCUGCAGAAUGUGACGACGCGGAGCUGCGCUGCCGGGUGGCGGUGGAGGAGCUGAGCCCCGGCGGGCAGCCUCGGAAGCGCCAGGCCCUGCGCAGCGCAGAGCUGAGCCUUGGUCGCAACGAGCGCCGCGAGUUGAUGCUGCGGCUCCAGGCGUCGGGACCCGCGGGGCGUCCACGCUGCUUCCCUCUGCGCACCGCGCGUCUCUUCACUCGCUUCGCCGCGGCCGGGCGCAGCACCCUGCGGUUCACAGCAGACGGCGCCCCUCGGGCGGGCUCGGUGCAGCUGCUGCUCUCCGACUGUCCCCCAGACCGCCUGCGCCGCUUCCUGCGCACACUGCGUUUGAAGCUGGCGGGCGCCCCUGGUCCCGGACCUGCGUCUGCCCGCGCGCAGCUGCUUGGCCCGAGACCCCGAGACUUUGUCAACAUCAGCCCGGUGCAGCCGGAGGAACUGCGGCGUGCAGCGGCUACCCGGGUUCCAAACUCCACGCUGGAGAAGCGACCAACGGAAUCCAAGACGGAGUCCAAACCUAGCAAGGAAGCUCCAAGGUGGCCCCUGCCUGUGAAGAAGCUGAGUAUGCACCCCACCAAGCCACAGCUUUCUGAGGAGCAGGCUGCUGUGCUGAGGAUGGCCCUGAAAGGCCAGAGCAUUUUCUUUACUGGGAGUGCAGGCAUUGGCUCAGGUCAGGCUCCUCUGGCCCAGUGUGUGGCCCUGGCCCAGCGGCCAGGUGUGCAGCAGGGCUGGCUGAAUUGUCAACGCCUAGUCAUUGAUGAGAUCUCCAUGGUGGAAGCAGACUUGUUUGACAAGCUGGAAGCUGUGGCAAGAGCUGUUCGGCAGCAGAACAAACCAUUUGGAGGGAUCCAGCUCAUCAUCUGUGGGGACUUCCUACAGUUGCCACCAGUGACCAAGGGCCUCCAGCCCCCUCGAUUCUGCUUUCAGGCCAAGAGCUGGAGGAGGUGUGUGCCAGUGACUGUAGAGCUGACUAAAGUGUGGAGACAGGCAGACCAGACCUUCAUCUCCCUGCUGCAGGCUGUGAGACUGGGCAGAUGUUCAGAUGAAGUGACUCGCCAGCUCAGGGCCACAGCUGCCCAUAAGGUAGGGCAAGAUGGAAUUAUGGCCACGAGACUCUGCACCCACCAGGAUGAUGUGGCCCUUACCAACAAGAAGUGUCUGCAGGAACUUCCAGGUGAGGUACACAGCUUCGAGGCUAUGGACAGUAACCCUGAGCUAGCCUGGAUCCUGGAUGCCCAGUGUCCCGUUAGCCAUGUCCUUCAACUAAAGCUGGGGGCCCAGGUCAUGCUGGUGAAGAACUUGGCGGUAUCUCGGGGCCUGGUGAACGGUGCCCGGGGAGUGGUGGUUGGGUUUGAAGCUGAAGGGAGAGGGCUGCCCCAGGUACGGUUCCUGUGUGGUGUCACUGAGGUCAUCCGCACUGAUCGCUGGACGGUACAGGUCACCGGGGGCCAUUUCCUCAGCCGACAGCAGCUUCCCCUCCAGCUGGCCUGGGCAAUGUCCAUCCACAAGAGUCAGGGCAUGUCUCUGGAUUGUGUAGAGAUCUCUCUGGGCCGUGUGUUUGCCAGUGGUCAAGCCUAUGUGGCCCUCUCUCGGGCACGUAGCCUACAGGGCCUGCGUGUGCUGGAUUUCAACCCUACAGUAGUUCGCUGUGACUCCCGAGUACUGCACUUCUAUGCAACUCUCCGGCGGGGCAGAAGCCACAGUCUGGAGUACCCAGAUGUUGAUGAGGCAGACUCAGACCAGGAGAACAUGGAUCCAAACCUCUGACCUUGGUUG